UAUAAAACUUCAUCCUGGCGCAUGUGCUUGCUUUGUCCACGGAUCUACUUCUCUCUUUCUGGAUUGAAUUCUAUGGACAAUCCUUAUUUUCUUCCAAUCCCAUUUUAUAAUAAUAUUCCCCAAACUAAGAUCAAAGAUGCUCCCUCCUCCUUUCUGAAGGUAAAAGUGGUGAACUUUGAAACUCAGAAGUGAAAGCCCACUUCAUCUCAUUGCAUCAAACGCAAUUUGAUCAAAUACCAUCUCGAAAUCACCAUCUGGUAAGAAAAUUCCAUACCCUUUUCAUGAUUUAGGUAACUGGGUAAUCUGAAUUUUGUUCAUGUUUAUUGGAAUUUGGUAAUGAAUUCCCAAAGAUGUAGUUUUUUUCCGGACGAAGUUGUCCUUCAAAUUCUUUCAAGACUCCCCAUUAAGUCACUUUUCAGGAGCAAAACUGUUUGUAAACUUUGGUAUAGAUUGGUUUCUGAUAAGUAUUUCAUUCAUCUGUACAAUGAAGUGUCUGCUAAGAACCCCAUGCUAUUGGUUGAGGUUUCUGAUUCAUUGGGAUCAAGAUCAAAUCUGAUUGUUGUUGACAAUCAGAGGGGUGUUUCUGAAUUUUCCUUAGAUUUAUUGAAAGACAGAGUUAAGGUUAGAGCCUCAUGUAAUGGUCUGUUGUGUUGCUCUAGCAUACCUGAUAAGGGUGUUUACUAUGUAUGCAAUCCUAUGACCCGUGAGUUCAAGUUGCUUCCAAAGAGUAGGGAAAGGCAUGUGACUCGAUUUUACCCUGAUGGUGAGGCCACUCUAGUGGGAUUGGCCUGCAAUUUAUCCACCCAGAAGUUUAAUGUUGUUUUAGCCGGUUAUCACCGUACUUUUGGUCAUAGGCCGGAUGGGACUUUUAUUUGUAUGGUAUAUGAUUCUGAGUCAAACAAAUGGAGGAAGUUCGUUUCGUUUCAGGAUGAUCAGUUCACCCAUAUGAACAAGAAUCAAGUUGUGUAUGUAAAUGGUGCUCUUCAUUGGUUGACAGGCAGUUGUUCUUGUAUUCUUGUGCUUGAUUUGGAUUAUGACAUUUGGAGGAAGAUGUCGUUGCCCGAACAAGUGAGUUGCGGGUCUGGAAAUAGGUUUUAUUUGUUAGAGUCCGAUGGUUGCUUGUCUGUGGUCCAGAUUUCGGAUGCUUGGAUGAGAAUUUGGGUGUUGAGAGAAUAUGAGAGAGAGGAAUGGCAUUUGGUGAAUACAGUGAGUCUUAGAUGUAUCAAAGGACUUGUGCCAGGCAUAUUCCCCAUAUGUCAAACUGGUGAAUAUGUUUUCCUAGCAACCCAUAAGCAGAUUUUGGUGUUUUAUCGCAAGACUCGUGUGUGGAAGGAGAUGUACUCUGUGAAGAACAGCUCUACACUCCCAUUGUGGUACUCGGCACAUGCAUUUCGGAGCACGAUUUUUUCCUGUCGUUAAGACGUGGACUGCAUGUAAUGAACUUGUGUACAUAAAUUUCCUAUGUCAAGUAUCUCUAUUCGUUUGGCCGAUUGUUGUUUGUCAACAGUUAUCAACAUUUGACUUAUGAAAUGUAAAUUAUGUUCUUAUGUGUUUGGCUUUGGCUUACUCUUUUACUUUA